AUCAGAUAAAAUUGGUGCAUAAGCAUGUCCAGCAGUUUCUACCUCUCAUGUGUAAAGCAGUGAGUGAAGGAUCUAUAGAUUUUUAUAAACAAAGGAAAUUGAAGGAAGCACUGUACAUGGCAGCAGAACGAGGGCAUGUGGAGUAUAUUACUCAUUUUCUUACAUCUUCCUCAUAUCCCAUACUUGAUUUUCGGUAUAAAAACGAUCAGAAACUACUCCAAAUUGCUGCUGAAUCUCGUCACUACAAUGUUUAUAAUAUUAUAUGUGAGUUUCUCCGAAAACCAGAUAAAGAUGGCCUCAAUAAAUCCGAAUAUGGCCAGCAUUCCGAUAAGCUAAAGAAAGCAAUGGAGUAUAAAGAUAACCUCGACAAUAAUAUACUACAUACGGUAGCAAGGAUUACCCCAUUGUCACAAAUAGAUCACAUUCAAGGUGCAAUUUUGCAAAUGCAAAGAGAACUACAAUGGUUCAAGGAGGUGGAGAGCAUUGCAGAACCCAAGGAUUGCGAAUCUGUAAACAAAGAUAAUAAGACACCACGAAAAGUAUUCAAGGAGAAUCACAAAGAAUUAGGGAAAGAGGCAGAAAACUCAAUGAAGGAAACUGCAACUUCUUGUACAGUUGUAGGUGCUCUUAUUGUCACCAUAAUGUUUGCCGCAGCAUUCACAGUUCCUGGUGAAAAUGAUAAGAAUGAUGAGAAGACAGAUCUUCCUAUAUUCUUAACUAAUAAGGUAUUCACAACUUUUAUAGUUUCAGAUGCAAUCUCGCUCUUUUCUUCAACAACCUCGGUUAUCAUGUUUUUGGGCAUUCUCACAUCACGUUAUUCUGAAGAUGAUUUUCACAAAUCCUUGCCCACAAAAAUGAUAAUAGGCCUUUUCACCCUCUUUUUAUCUAUCGCCACCAUGAUGAUUGUCUUUUCUUGUGGCCUUUACAUUAUUCUUGACGGGAAAUCAUCGAUUGUCAUUCCAAGCAUUUUGCUUGCCAGUGUUCCAGUUGCCUCAUUCAUAUGGAUGCAAUUUCCGUUACUUAAAGAUUUAUCCAUUUCUACUUUUGGACAGGGAGUAUUUGAUAGGAAGCAGAAAAAUUUGUUUUGAAUUCCUAUGUUAUCCUUAGUUGGGUUUGGAUUUGCUACUCUUUAAGAAACUUGUACAAAGAAGCCAAUAUAUCCGCGGGCUAAUUAUGUAGUCGCUUUUUAUUUGACAAUUAUGUAUGUACUUUAUAUUUGACAACUAUGUAUGCACUUUCUAUCCUUAAAGAAAAUUUCUACUUCAAUUUAUAUUUUUGA